AUGACUGAGGAUAACCACUCCUUGACAACCGAGUUUAUCCUGACAGGAUUUACAGAUGACCCAGAGCUGAAGCCCCUUCUGUUCCUGGUGUUCCUCACCAUCUAUCUGAUCACCAUGGUGGGGAAUCUUGGCCUGGUGGCAUUGAUAGUUACAGAGCAUCGUCUUCACACACCAAUGUACAUCUUCCUGGGUAACCUCGCGCUGAUGGAUUCCUGUUGCUCCAGUGCCAUUACCCCCAAGAUGCUACAGAACCUCUUUUCCAAAGACAGAAUGAUUUCUCUAUAUGAAUGCAUGGCACAAUUUUAUUUUCUCUGCCUUGCUGAAACUACAGAUAGCUUUCUCCUGGCAGCAAUGGCCUAUGACCGCUAUGUGGCCAUCUGCAAACCGCUGCAGUACCACACCAUGAUGUCAAAGAAACUCUGCAUUCAGAUGACCACAGGGGCCUAUAUAGUUGGAAACCUGCAUCCCAUGAUUCAUGUAGGGUUUCUGUUUAGGCUAAGUUUCUGUAGGUCUCAUCAAAUCAACCACUUCUUUUGUGAUGUCCUUCCAUUAUACAGACUCUCCUGUCUAGACCCUGAUAUCAAUGAAUUAAUGUUAUUUAUUGUUGCAGGGUCACUUUCAAUCUUCACUAUUAUCAUAGUAAUAAUCUCUUACCUUUUCAUCCUUUUCAUGGUUUUAAAAAUGAAAUCCAAAGAGGGAAAAGGCAAGGCCCUAUCUACCUGUGCAUCCCACUUUCUCUCUGUCUCAAUAUUCUACGGUUCCCUUCUCUUCACAUAUGUGCGACCAAAUUCAGUUAAUGACGAAGAUAAAGAUAUACCCCUUGCUAUUUUUUAUACUCUAGUUAUUCCUUUAUUAAACCCUUUUAUUUAUAGUCUAAGAAAUAGGGAUGUAAUAAAUGCUAUGAAAAAAAAGAAUACCAUUAAACUGGACUGA